AUAACCGCAGCAAUAAUCGGCAGCACCUCCUUUCUUUGUUCUUGAUUGAAAGGUAUAGCUGCAACCAUGGUUCUUUUAGAUCUCAGGUUGUCAACUUCUCUCUAUGAGAUAUGGAUAGCAACUUCUUUCAAUCUGAUGUAAUGUGCACAACAUAGUUGUCAAGGCGACCCAAGGUGGUGGAGAGGUGUUGAAAGCAAAUCGAGCUGUAGAAAUGAAUGAAAUGUGGCGAGUCCGGCGGAAAGAACUGCAACUGGAUGAUAGGCUGAAAGAAAGAUCAAGAGAUAAGGGCACAAGUAGGAGAUAUCAGGACCACAACAACACCAGUGGAAUUAGGACAUGCAGGGAAACUGAAAGAGGUGCUGCUGAUGUAUCUGCAUCUAGCAAUAGAGGUUUUGGAGAUUGCUACUCAACUGAAGAAGGUGGUCUGUGGGAUGAAGAGGUUGAAGAAUUUCUACACUCAAGGGUGAAGCGCGGCAAAGGUGCUGUAGGGUCAAGGAUGGACGAAAUGGGCCCGUGUCCUCCAUCUUCAUCUCUAGAUUCAAAGGACAAGGUUUUGGUGAGACAUGAUGUCAAGGUGAAGGAAGAAUGGGAACAACGUGUUCUUGGACCAGAGAAGCCUCCUUCACUGAAGUCUUGCAACUCCUCGGAGGAUGAGAUUGAUAGGGACAGCUCAAAGAUGAAGAAGGUCGAUAUGGUGAGCAGUUCAAAAAGGCGGCGUUCCAAGCACAGAGAAGAGGAGACUGAGUUGAGAAGGAAAAGGAAAAAGAAUAAGAAAGAGAAGAAAUCUAGACGCCACCACAGGAGUUGAACAAGGCAGGAAUAUUUCAGGUCCUUGACACUACUGGCCUAUGUAAUUAUCUUUCAAUCGUUAUUCAUGACAUUGAACUAUCGAAGGAAGAGUUGUGAUAUUCUAUAGGCAACCAA